ACGAAAAUAGUACAGCAGAAUACACGACCAGGAACAAACACGUUCCUCUACUACAUAACCGAAGGUCACAAUAAUUAAUCCCGCACAAAGAAACAGGCGGGCCGGCUGUCUAAUAAAGCCCAACUAAUGAUUCACGAACAGGUGCUAACAAUAAACAUACAAGGAGGGGGAGGAAAGACAAUCAGUGGCAGCUAAUAGGCCGGUGACGACGACCGCCGAGCGCCACCCAACCGGGAAGGGAAGCCACCCUUGGUCGGACUCGUGACAGAGCUACCUGCUCUUCUAAACCAACCUGAAGUGGCUUGGGGUUGGGUCUCUACUUGAAGAGCAUCUCUACAGACUAACACAUAGAGAUGUAGAUUUCAGUGGACGACUGCACGGAUUGGUCAGUGGACUACUUGAAAUACAAAGUGCUUUUGGGGGAACCGGUGCGGAUUAAAUGUGCUUUAUUCUAUGGAUACAUCAGAGCGAACUACACCCACUCCCAGAGUGUGGGACUAAGCCUUAUGUGGUAUAAAAGUACAGGACACGGAGACUUUGAGGAGCCUAUCUCUUUCGACGGCAUCAGAAUGAACAAGGAGGAGGACGCUAUCUGGUUUAGACCCACCGAGCUCCAAGACGUUGGACACUAUUCCUGUGUAUUGAGGAAUUCCACAUAUUGUAUGAAAGUGUCCAUGUCACUGACAGUGGCGGAGAACGACACAGACCUCUGCUACAACUCCAAAAUGAGGUACUUCGAGAAGGCAGAGUUAAGCAAAAGUAAAGAUAUCACCUGUCCGGACAUUGAGGAUUAUGUACAGCCGGGGAAGGAGCCAGAGAUAGUAUGGUACAAGGAAUGCAAGCCAAAGCAGUGGAGACAAAGCAUUGUAAGGAGAAGAGAUACUCUCUCUAUCCGGGAGGUGCGUGAAGAUGACAUUGGAAAUUACACGUGUGAAUUACAGUUUGGCAGCUUCGUGGUGAGAAGAACUACAGAACUAUCUGUUACAGCCCCUCUGACAGACAAGCCUCCAAAGAUCCUGUUCCCCUCAGAAAGCAAACUCAGCAUCCUGGAGCUGCAGUUAGGAAGUCAAGUCAACCUGACGUGCCGAGCGUUCUUCGGCUUCGCCGGGGAGGUCAGUCCGCUCAUCUACUGGAUGAAGGGAGAGAAGUUCAUCGAAGACCUGGACGUGGAGAGGUUCAGAGAGAGUGACAUCAAGCUUAUCCGGGAGCACCUGGGAGAGCAGGAGGUGUCGAUCACCCUGACCAUUGACUCGGUGGAAGAGGCUGAUCUGGGGAACUACUCCUGCUUCGUGGAGAAUGGCAACGGCAGACGGCAGGCUAACAUCCAGCUCACAAAGAGAGCAGAGCUUAUGUACACAGUGGAGCUGGCGGGAGGCUUGGGGGCCAUCUUGUUGUUGUUGAUCUGCCUCGUGACCCUCUACAAGUGCUACAAGAUGGAGCUCAUGCUCUUCUACAGGAACCAUUUUGGCAGCGAGGACAUCGACGGAGAUAAUAAGGACUAUGAUGCCUAUCUGUCAUACACCAAAGUGGACCCGGACCAGUGGAGUCAGGAGACGCGUGAGGAGGAACGCUUCGCCCUGGAGAUCCUACCCGACGUCCUGGAGAGGCAUUAUGGGUAUAAACUGUUCAUUCCAGACAGGGACUUGAUCCCAACCGGAAGUUUCACCAAUGAUCAUUUCCAGGACGAUUCAAGACUCCUUAGAGCCUAUAUCGAGGACGUGGCACGCUGUGUGGACCAAUCCAAGCGCCUCAUCAUCGUCAUGACACCCAAUUAUGUGGUGCGGCGGGGUUGGAGCAUCUUCGAGCUGGAGACCCGCCUCCGGAACAUGCUGGUCACCGGGGAGAUCAAGGUGAUUCUGAUUGAGUGUGCCGAGCUGCAUGGCAUCAUGAACUACCAGGAAGUGGAAGCGCUCAAACACACCAUCAAGAUGCUGACCGUCAUCAAGUGGCGUGGCCCCAAGAGCAACAAGCUCAGCUCCAACUUCUGGAAACACUUGCAGUACGAGAUGCCCUUCAAACACAUGGAGCCCAUCAUCAGCAAUGAGCAGGUGCUGGACGUCAGCGAGCAGGGCCCUUUCAGCGAGCUCCAGACCGUCUCCGCCAUCUCCAUGGCAGCCGCCACCUCCACCGCCAUGGCCACGGCGCACCCGGACUUGCGGAGCACCUUCCACAACUCCACUGUCAACUACCACACCCAGAUGAGGCAGCAGAAACAUUACUACCGCAGCUACGAGUACGACAUGGCCCCCGGCGGCAGCCUGCCUCCCCUCUCCACCCUGGGUAACCAGCACACCUACUGCAACAUCCCUAUGACUCUGAUCAACGGACAGAGACCCCACGGCCAGGCCAGGACACCCAGAGAACAGAGCAUCGAGGAGGCACACGCCAAUAACGCCAUGCUACCGCUGCUGCCACGCGAGACCAGUAUAUCCAGUGUCAUCUGGUGACAGCACCAGGCUGGCAUAGGGACAGAUGGGAUAUAUUGUAUGUAGAGGGAGAACUAGCUGGCAGAGUGUGUGGUGGUGGUGGUGGUGGUGGCGGUGGAGGGGGUGUUGCUACGGAGACCGUUAGUGGACUAGAGACGGCUGCUGUGGAAUUUGCACCAGGAUUCACAGGGGGAAAUCACCAACACAGGACAAGUCAUUCCGUCAGACUCAGACCACAUUUGUUUGACAAGGACUAAGGAGGAUUUGGCGUGAAAAGGAGAACCCGUUUGGUGUGAAAUGCCUGUACACACAGAGACCAACGCCCAUGUUCACUUACCCAGACACUCAAGGAAUACAGGGUCUUGUACAUAUAUUUUAUAUUUCUUUAUAGCGUCAGUAUUUUUCUGUUGUUUUUCUUUGACCUUUCAUUCACCAGUUUUUAUCAUCAAAUUUCUAUGUCUGUUUUGAUUUAUGGUUUGAAUUUGUUUGUAUUUGGGUUUGAAAGUGAAACGAUGGUCUGUGAGGUCUGUUGGCUGAACUGUUGUAAUUUUGAUCUGGACUUGUAGUGGUACUGGUGGUUUGAACUCUUUGUUUUUGAACAGUUAUGGUAUUGUAGCGGGAAAGUUUGGAUGUUUCAUUCGAAAGAAAAUUGCCUUUUUUGUUGUCCUGGUUACAUAGAUGGAAUCUUCUUUUAUUUGGGACUCUUAUUAAACUAAACUAGAUUAUGCAACAGAUGAAGAGGCCUGGGAGUAUGCAAAAUAUGAAUAGAUGAACCGACACAUCAGGACACUAUAGAGACUGGUGCUAGACUUGGUGUGCAAGUGUUGCAGCUCUCGCAAACAUAGUGACAUGCUCUUUUGAAAAGAAAAGCCUUUCUGUUCAGCUUAACAGAAACAUAUAUCACCCUAAAAACAACUAUGUGUAUUAUUUUAUGAGAAAGUAUAUUUUUGUAACAAAAAUAUUUGCUUGGAAGUACAUACUUAUUCACAUUUCAUCCCACUAAUGACAGAAAUAGAGUAACAUGCAUUCUGUUUUCUACAUUAUUUUGCUAUGCAGUUACCAAAUUGCAUAGCAGACAAAGUUUGGAUGUUUGAGUCCUUCACUAAAUGUCUUAUGUUAGUGGAAAGAUGAAAAGAUAUAAAAUAAUUUGAGGGGGGUGUAUAUUUGUGUUUCGAAGACUUUUCCAUAACAGAGGAGUGUGCAUAGUAACUAGAUGUUUUCAACCUAUGAUAUAUGUCAAUGUAUUUAAAAAGAAGAAACACUGUUCACACUCGAAAACGUUAAUCAAAGCAGAUUCAUGAGAAGUAUCUUCAUUUCCCCACCGCACAUGAAUACCAGAUAACCUCGACGUAGUGCCUCCCUGAUUUCUAUGGAGAAGGACAGCAGCCAUUUUGAAAAGACGACACACUGAACACAGUUGACUUCUAAGAUAAGUUCAGUGUGUUGUUGUCAAUAUGUUCCUAGAAGAAGAAAUGUCUAGCAUACCAUGUGACAGUCUGUCAAACGGACCAAAAUACAGGAGUAAAUCAUGGAGUUCCACCCAAGUGAAAUGUAUCUCCACACACAGUGACAAAUAAAUGCACAUCCAUUUUGAUUCCUCUGAAAUUCAACUUAAACCCCUUCAAAUAUCCAAUGGUCCGUAGUGGUACGGGAAAAGGCAAGAUUAUCCUCAUUAUUCUUCAAGCAAGUGAGACCAAAGCUAAAAUUGUGCUUG